GGACAACAAAUAAGCUGAGUGUGUAGCUCAUCUGCACAUACCAGUAUUCCUCUGCAUUUCAGCCAAAGAUCUAGAUCAGAUUCCUCUACUUUAUACAGACGUGCCCUUGAGGAGGACCAGUGGACCAUAUGUUCAAGAUGAAGCUUCUGCUCUUCAUUGUCCUCAUCUGGUUCGUGUCUGAUGACUCCUGUGCAGGAGGUGUUAUAGAGGAAUCUCCUUCGAACAUGGAAAGACCAGAACAGGAAGCCGUCCAUCUCAGAAGCAAAAGAAGCUAUAAGAGUAAUACUGAGGACAAACAUCAAUAUAUGAAUGUUGCACUUCAAGGUCGAGCUACUCAGUCAUCAGUUCUCUUGACCAAAGAAGGAUAUAUCCCAAUAGCUAUAAAUGCAAUAGAUGGAAACCAGGACCCAAACUUUACUCAUGGAUCAUGUAUUCACACACAGCAUGAAUUAUCUCCCUGGUGGAGGGUGGACUUGUUAAAGUCCUACAGAAUUAGCCACAUAACCAUCACUAACAGAGGUGACUGCUGUGGAGAGAGACUUAAUGGUGCAGAAAUCCUUGUGGGAGACUCCUUGGCCAACAAUGGGAACAACAAUCCACGGUGUGCAGUGGUGACAACAAUUCCAACUGGAGGGUCUCAGACCUUUCUAUGUAAUGAUAUGGUCGGGAGAUAUGUCAAUGUCAAUUUGACUGGAAAAGAAACAUCUCUUCAGCUGUGUGAAGUUCAGGUCUUUGGAGCUAAAGUUCUGAAGGAGAAUUCAUGUUAUAACAAUUCAUGAUAAUUAUGAUACAUAUGUAAAACUACAACCUAUGGUAAAAUAAAGGCAUCCACAUAUAUAAAA